AUGGUGGCAGCCUUCGCAGAAGCACACGAGCUGUUUGAGGCUUCACUCGACAUUAUCAGCAUUGUAGCGCGGCCAGACUGCUCACUGCCGCCAUUCGUUUCGCUCACUUAUCCGGCGGAACACCUUCUCCUGGAGCAUCCUCGUCGAGUGCUACGUCCAGAACGCAAUGUACCAAGAGGCACUGGAAGUUUACAAGGAGAUGGUGAGAAAAGCGAUCUCCAUCGACGCUUACACCCUCUCCAGCGUCCUGGCGACAUGCACGAAACUUUUGGACGUGGAAUAAGGGAGAAUGGUCCAAGGAGGCCUUUCGGUACAUGGGAGCUUUAUCUCGGUGACUGCGAUGAUAUGGCUCUUGAUACUUACUGGAAGAUGCGAUUGCAGGGGCUGGAGCCAGAUGCUUUCACUGUGAUCGCUGCUUACACUCUCUAUGGACAUGACAAGGACGCAUUUUCUUUGUUCCACUGGACACCGGAUAUAUACACUUUCUCCAGCAUUCUGGGAGCGUGUGCGAGUCCCCUGGAAGAUGGGAGAAUGCUACAUCAGCAGCAUACUGGCGAAGGCGAUCCUCGCUAUCUUCAUCACCUUCAGCAGGCCAAGAGCGUCUUUGAUCGAAUGCCCGAGUGGAACACUAUCUCUUGGAACUCAAUGCUGGCGGGGCUGGGAUCCAACGGGGAGGUCGCAGGACGUUUGAACUGCGAGCCGGAGGAGAGCUCCGAGAUGAUCGCGGCCUACACUCGCCACGGGAGCUUCUCUCGAGCUCUGAGCCUGAUCAAGCGGAUGGACUUGGAAGCUUGGAAGACGCUUGCGAGUCCUUCGAGAAGAGCACUGGUGGUCGGCAUAGCUGGACAAUCGACGUCCACGACACGAGGCUCUUCUCCGGCAAGUGUGUCGAGCGCGGCGGAGAUCUUCUCGCAGUACCGAGCCUGGGAGUGGAGUUUGGUGCUCUGCACGACCAUGGUGGCGGGCUUUGCUCGAAACGGACAUGGCCGACGAGCUCACGAGCUGUUUGAGUUGACUGAGAGUCAAGGACUAGAACUGGACGUUGUCAGCUUCACCACCAUUCUUGCUGCGUGCAGCGCUGCCGGGCUGCUCCACGAUGGUCGCGGGUACUUUGUUUCCAUGAGAGGGGACUAUGCUCUCGCUGCCACCAUGGAUCACUACGUUUGCGUGAUCGAUCUGCUAGCAAGAUCUGGCCGAGUUGACUAG